AUGGAAAGUGAAAAUGAAGAUAGCAUGUCUGAGAGUCAUGCUGUUCCUGAAACUGUUACACAUCGUUACUCAACUAGAAGAAGUUCUCGUUUAGUCAAACAAGGUUAUUACUCAACAUUAGAUGAAGGAAGUUGUGUUGAUGAUAAUAUUGAUAGUUCAUCACCCAAAAAAUCUCUUAGAAAUACAAGGCAAAGAAAAUAUAAGGAAAGUGAUAUAGAUGAAUCAUCUUCAGAUAUUUCAAUUGAAAGUUCUGUUAGUGAAUACGAACCUUCUGACUAUGAAAGAGGCAAAUCAUUAAAAUCAACUAAAAAAAAUAAAAAUGUAUCUCGUAAAAGUAAAAGGGUAAAUUCAGGAUAUGUUUCAGAGUAUUAUACACCUGUUGAGUUAGCAAUUGACAGAAAUGGUCAAAUUAGAAUUAAUGAAGAGACUGGUGAAUUUUAUAAAAUUAAUCCAGUUUCAGAUGAUGAUGACAAAAAAACUGAUAUAAAUUCAGAUGAUGAACCAAGGGUAAAAAUUCGUAGAAGAAAACCUCGUAUUCCAAAUGCUUUAGAUGGUUUAAUUGGACAAGCUAAUAUGAUGGCAGCAAAAGAAGAUUUUAAUGAUGCUUUAAAAGUUUUAAGUGAAGCUGUAAAAGAAAAUCCCAGAAAUGCUGAAGUUUACCGUGCUAUUGCUAAUAUAUAUAGUCUUCAAAAAAAUCUUGAACGUGAAUUGGAAUAUCUUCUUUUGGCUGCAUAUGUUGUAUCAAAUACAUCAUAUGAUGAUUGGGUUGAAUUAGCAAAUAAAUCUGAACAAUUAGGACGUUAUGAUAGUAGUGCAGCAUGUUUUUCAAAGGCAAUAAAUUUGAAACCUGAAUUGUGGGCAAAUUAUGCUAAAAGAUUAGAAUUAUUAGAUAUGUUAGGUUGUGUAAGACCAGCAAUGCACACAAGAUUAAAAGCAAUUCAAAAUUGUGAUAUGAAUACAAUGGGUGAUGAUAAAUAUGCCAUAAUGGAUGAUUUAAUUUCAACAGUUUCUGAUUUUUAUGUCAGAGGAAACGAUAUUGAUAGAGCUACUAUGGCUUUAGAAGCAUAUGUUUGUCGUUAUCAUGAGAUGGGAAGAAAUGUAUCUGAUCAAUUUAAAACGUUACUAAAAAUUUGGUAUAAAUAUGAACGUUGGCAGGAUAUGGUAAAAUCUUUAUUAGUUAUUGGAGAAGGAAUUAGUGGUAAAUCAUUAAAAAGUAACGUUAAGUUUGAAGCAUCUCUUCAAGGUGUAAGUUUUAUUGUUAAACCUUUUCCACCUAAAGAUGUUGAAUUUUCUGUAAGUGAUGAAACUCCAUAUAGUUAUUUUGUAUAUUUUGUAACUGCUUUGGUUGGAAUGAAAUGUGGAAUAAAUGUUGGAGAUUUACUUGAUAAAUUAUUAGAAAGACCUAUUGAAGAUGAUUUUAUAAGUCACUAUUUUGAUAUAAUUGAUUUAUCUGUACAAAAUAAUGGACCUGAAGAAACGAUAAAAUAUUUACAUAAAGUUGUUCAAUUACAUGAAUUUAAAUAUAACGCAGAAACUUUUUUCCGUUAUGGAGUUUGUUAUGAAUUAAUAAAUGAUAAAGAUGAGGCUCGUAAAGCUUAUAAUAAAUCUAUUGAACUUAACUCUAAUCAUGUUGAUUCUCGAAUUAAUUUAAGUAAUCUGUUAGUUUCAUUAAACGAACCAGAAGAAGCUAUAUCAAUAUUACAACCAGCAAACUUAUUUGGUGUUACAAGACUACCUGAUGAACGAUUACUUAUCCGUAGAGCCGAAAUUUUAGAACAAAAGGGUGAAAUUGACCAGUAUUUUGAGACUAUUAAGUUACUACUAGCUCCAUAUUUUUAUCAAUGUCAUAAUAAAAGGUAUAUUAAAAAUUUUGGAAGAAAAUCUUUACGAAAUAAAACAACACUUGUUUUGAAAACUGAAUGUUAUAAUACUUUACAAUCUUUAGAAAUUAAAAAUUUUGUUGCUAAAGUUGGAGGGUAUGCUGAAAAAAAAGGAAUUGUUUUUGAAGUUAUUAAAGGAAACAAAUUCCAUAAAUAUUGUUAUAGAUUAUUUGAAAUAUCCUAUGAACGAGGAGAUUAUGAAACAUUGAUAGCAAUUGCUUGUUAUGCUAAUUUAGUAACAUUAAUUUUAGAUGCUAAGGUUAAUCUUUUUACAGAUUUACUAUUUUUUGCAGCCAUCAAAGCUAAAAGAUGGCAAAUAGCUUUUGAAUGGCUUCGUUCUAUUUACAAUGAAACAUUUAAUCAUGUAGAAAAUGAAAAUGAAAGACAAAUAAUUUUUCAUAAAGUUUUUAAUAGUAUGAAUUUUGUAUUUUGUCAUUAUCAAAAUGCUAACAAUCAACGAUUUAUAGCUAGAGCACAGGCAAAAAAUCCAGAAAAUAUUUCAUUAAGAAUUGUUAAUGCUAAUUUUUCUUUGUUUACUGGUAGUUAUAGACAUGCUUUAACUCAAUACAUGCAUGCAUGGAGACAACAACCAACAAAUCCAUUAUUAAAUUUACAAAUUGGUUUAAUAUUUGCUCAUAUAUCAUCAAAAAAAGAUAUUAUUUCAAAACAUCUUGUAGCAAAUCGUGCAAUAUUUUUCUUUAAACGUUACAUGGAAUUACGUUUUAAUAAUCAAGAAGUUUUUUACAAUUGUGGAAGAUUAUUUCAUCAAUUAAAUAUUCUUCCAAAAGCUAUUUAUUAUUAUGAAAAAGUUUUACAUGAUGAUGGUUGUAGUGAUUUAGUAUGUCUAAGAAAUGAUUAUGAAAAUCCUGGAAAAUUAAUAAAAGUUCAGCCUCCUGAAUAUAGUUUUAAAAAAAGAGCUGCUUACAAUUUAGCUCUUAUAUAUAAAAGUAAUUUAAAUUUUGUUAAAGCAAGACAAAUAUAUGAAGAUUUUCUUGUUAUUUGA